UUAACAAAUUGCCAUCUGGCGGCGGCAAGUAGAAAUCGCUUUGCUAUUUUACCUCGGGAUUCGUCUGUUUUUAAGUUAUUAAUAGGUUGCGUCGUUUAGUCAACGGUCAGACUCCUGUCAUGUAGUUCGGUAGUGUGACUCGUUUACGACAAAAUUUCGAGUGUCAAACGCAAUUAAUGUAACCGAUCAGCCAGAUAUUACCGUUGAUCGGUUAGGUCAUUCAGGUGAAGACCGUCCCCUCUCAAGAUGGCAGACAGCGACUCGGACAGAAGUCCGGCCAACGGGGAAUCGUCGUCUCCUUGCGUGCAGACGGGACCUCGAGUCGUUACGAUAUACAAGACCGAAACGGGAUUCGGUUUCAACGUUAGAGGUCAAGUCAGCGAAGGUGGACCCCUGAAGAGCAUCAACGGCGAACUCUACGCUCCUCUCCAACAUGUCAGCGCAGUCCUGGAAGGUGGAGCGGCAGAGAAAGCUGGGAUCAGGAAAGGGGACAGGAUACUCGAGGUUAAUGGAAAUAAUGUGGAAGGAGCUACUCAUAAACAAGUAGUUGAUUUAAUCAAAUCGGGAGGUGAUAGAUUGACAUUAACUGUAAUAUCAGUGACUGCUCAGGAAGCAGAGAGGUUAGAGCCCAGUGAUGACUCUUCAGGCUAUUCCUAUAUCGAUUAUAGUGAGAAACGUUCUUUACCUAUUUCUAUCCCCGAUUAUAAUUGGAUGGAAAAAAAUGGGGAGAAAUUUGUUGUGUAUAAUAUUUAUAUGGCUGGAAGACAUUUGUGUUCGAGGCGAUAUCGAGAGUUUUCUACACUCCACGUCAAUCUCAAAAAAGAAUUUCCAGAUUUUAACUUUCCUAAACUCCCUGGGAAAUGGCCAUUUUCUUUAUCAGAUCAGCAGCUAGAUGCUAGAAGAAGAGGUCUUGAACAAUAUUUAGAGAAAGUUUGCGCUGUUAGAGUUAUAGCCGAAAAUGAUAUCAUGCAAGAAUUUCUUACAGAUUUAGAUGAUGAAAAUGGCGGUAGCUCUGCUGCUGUUGAUUUAAAAGUACUUCUGCCUGACAGAACGACUGUUGUCGUUAAUGUUCGCAAAAAUAGCUCAACAGAAGAAGUAUAUCAAGCUGUAGUUGAAAAAAUAGGAAUGUCCAAAGAUAUCUUACAGUAUUUUGCUCUGUUUGAAAUUGUAGAAUAUGGAUUUGAAAGAAAACUUCAGCCAAAUGAGUUUCCUCAUAAUUUAUAUAUACAGAAUUAUAGUACAGCUACAUCUACUUGUCUAUUGAUUCGUAAAUGGUUGUUUACUCUAGAACGUGAAAUCGAACUUAGUGAUGAUAAUAUGGCUGCAACUUUUUUCUUCUGGCAGGCAAUUGACGAUGUUAAUAAAGGCCAAGUUAAACCUGGUAGUAAAUUAUAUGAACUUAAAGCUCUUCAGGAUUCCUCAAGGAAAUCUGAGUAUCUUAGUUUAGUUAGGCUAUUAGAAGGCUAUGGUGAAAUAUCAUUUCCUCAUUGUGCAUGUGAUGCAAGAAAAGAAGGUCAUGUAGUUGCAACUGUAGGAUUAACUAAUUUUAAACUUCAGGCAUGUAAAGAUGAUGGUACAAUGGAGUCACAAGUGAUUGAAUUUGCUUGGGAUAGCAUAAAAGAAUGGGAAUUAGAUGAUGAAGGCAUGUCCUUUACCUUCCAAUAUUGUCGUCCAGAAAAGAAACCACGCUGGGUGAAAAUUCACACACCAUAUUAUGUAUUUAUGUUUGACUGCUUUGAGAGGAUACAAGAAGAAAGAAAUUGGGUCAAGUCUACUAGUUCAGUUAUUUAAAGUCAUUCAUAUGGUUGAUGGAAAGGUAUUUCAAAAUUGAAAAUGCUUCGAGAAACUGGUUCAUACACUAAAAUCUAUCCAUAUCUAACAAAUUUUUAAUUUUUAGCAAAGUAUUCUGAUUCAAAUAAUUUUUCAUGUUCUCUUAUUCAUUUUUGCUUGAUUGCAAAGUAGACAUUUUUAAUUUUACAUUUUUGAAAGAAUGGUAAUUUGAAUGCAUCAACUCUUCAUGCCAUUUAACGGACAUCCAUUUUGAUAGUGCAGUUUUUCUCCAGCUGCUAAGCUCUAUAAUGCCAGCCUGUAUAAUAUUAUAAGUGAAUUUUCAUCAUUCAAACAGCUUUCCAAGCGAGCGCAUAAUUUAUUUUGAAUAAGAAAACGAAUCAUUGGUUAAUAUCAUAAGUUUUCCUAAAUAUGCUCAUAGUAGGUAAAUAUUUACUUGUAAUUAAGAAUUAUUCAUGAAUGAUGAAAAAAAAAAUUUUACAAAAUGUGGCAAUUUUAAUCUGCCUUAUUUUGUGAUUUUUGUAUUGUGCGUGUUUAAAAUAACAAAGACGUUUAUCUGUCGAACAUUCCAUAAUUGACGAUAAAUUAAUUUUCUAAUUUUAAUUCCCAGUUAGUUCGUUUUUCGAAACAGGAAUAUUUAGUAAGACGUGCUCAAGUUGGAUUUUUCUAAAAAACAAAAAAAAAAGCACACUAAGUUUUUCAUUGUCUACUAUAAGAGUUUUCAAUGUCAAGCAUAUUUUUAUUGAUGUCUAGGUCGAUUUAUACAACCGUACCAAAUCCAAAUCACCAUCCCGCUCCCAUAGAUUUUGUGUUACAUCCAAGAAAGGCAGAUCUGUGACAGGGCACUUCAUACUAGUCUGCAGUGCCAAAAUUCCCCCUCCAAGAAAAGUUUGUUGAGUAAUUUAUUUUUUUGGGAGUAGAAAAAAAAAACCUGUUGCAUAUUCUACAAAAACCAGCCUUGUAGAAAAUACAAAUUCCAUUAUUUAUAGGAUGGUGCUGCAUAUAUAGUCUACUCACAAAGGAAAUUACUCCAGUUUGAAUGCAUCAUAGCACUAGAAGACAACUUAGGGGCACAAUGCAGAAAUGGAAAUAAAAAAAAAAUUAUAUAUAUAGAAAAAUUGUGUGAAUUCCCUCAGGAGAAAAAAAACCCUGUAUAUUGUAUGACAUCCUGAGAAAAUUGUUUUUGUAUAUUCCUGUGGAAUAUGUAUAUAAAUAUAAAGAAUACCAUUCAUUCAGAUAAA